AUGAGCUCCAAACGGCGAUCAGCUACCGCAGCUUCACCAGAUGUGAGGCGCGUAUCAAAGCGUCGAAAGAUAUCUGAUGAUAAUUUGACCGGUGCUGAACACACUAACCGUGCGCUGUCGCAUUUGGAUUCGGAUCCAGCAUCUGACGAGGAUGAAACCCCCGGAUCGCAGGCCGAGUCCGAGUUUGGUUUCGAGGGCGAUACCCUUCAAACUGCGCAGGACAAGAUUAUGUCAGAGUUAGCCCGGCUGAAGGACUCUGAUGGCGAAGAUGUAUCCUAUCCUUUUAUUGGAAAGCCAGAUCGAAAUCUCUAUAAGGAUUAUUAUGCGAUAAUUCAGCAUCCCGUCUCUCUCAGGAGCAUUCAGAAGAAAGUCCGGGGGACAGACAGCAGAAAGAAUUCGACAAGAAUAACGGCAUAUCCUACUUGGAAAUCCUUUGAGGAGGAAGUCAGCUGUAUAUGGCGAAAUGCAAGGGAGUACAAUGAGGAUGAUAGCGACAUCUCUGUUUUGGCAGGGAUUCUAGAGCGUCAUUUCAAAGAACGGGUUGCGGAGGCCAAAAGGCUUGUACCGGACCAAUCGCAGGUGGAUGGAAAUUCCGAAUUGCCUCGCAUCAAAUUGAAGAUGGGCAAAGUGAUGCCAGAACCAACGGCACAGAGGUUAUCUUUGAAACUUUCUGCGCAGGGUUCCGAUAUUGCAUCCAAAGACAUUCAUCAAACAUCCAGUGUCGCGGUCAACGAUGAAUCGCUGAAACGCCAACGAGACCAUGUCAGGACUGAAUCUACAGGUGAAGAAGUCAACAUGUCUCGGACAAGGUCUUUUCGAAGAAAUGUUGAGAGCCCAGAAUCGAGUGGAGCAAACACUCCAGCUGGCUCGGAACAGCACCAGGGCUUGGCGGGUGGACGAGAUAUGUUCAAUUCGAUCAAAAAUGAGACUGGCACUUCACAGGUCUUUCCAGGCUCAUUUGCCGACGCUUCUGCAACAGAAAUUCCUCAGUAUUCUUCAGGCUCAGGUCGUGUGCCCCUUCAACAACCUCUUGGCACAUCCCCUACGGAUUCAUUCUUGAGACGGCCAGGUCAAGACGCAAGCACUUCUUUGAUUCGAAAUGUUCAAAUCGCCACGCACACCUCCCUCUCAUUGCAGCAUGAUUUCUGUUUAGAUGUACCGCCCUCUUCGCAGAUUUCGCAGCAGAAUAUCACUGUCAACCUUCCUGCGUCACACAGUUUACUAACGGUCAGGCCUCGCUUAGCGGCCAGUACUUCCCAGCGGCAGGUGAAGAUAGUCGCACUCGUGGGUCUGCAGCGACUUCACUCCUCUGGUGAUGUGAACACACUUGCAUAUGAUGUUCAACUCCAUCCUGGCAUGACUAGGAUUGAUUUGGAAGCUAUUGUUGGACCGGCUACAGGUGUUCCUAAAUCCGGGCCACCCGGCUCAGAUGUCGACUAUGAGCGUGUAACUAUGUUCCUCAAUCUGCUUGGGUGA